AUGCCUCUUGCCUCUACCUCUGGUCCAGGAGUCCAGCACUUCGUACAAAAUCGAGAAUCCGCAAAUUCUCAUGCAAGCCUCACAACCCGAUCAAUUACACCUCAACCGCAAGAGCAACGAAACAGAUCCCGCCAAAAGCAUGGCCGUACCCAGAAUGAAUCGCGAGCUCGGAGUAAUAGUCAUAAUGGAGCUAGCGGCAAGCGGCACAUCUUUGCACACGACCCAGAGAGUUUGAAAUUACAGAUCCCCAACACUCUCCGCAAGACUGUCUCGGCAAUCCCUCAAAAUGAUCCAAACGAUACGGGACGGGGCUCAAGUGCCAGUGCCGUGGCUAAGACGAGAACUUCAAGACAACAUGAAAUUUCUGCGUUUGACGACACCCAAAGCAUUCACUUCGAUGACUCGACCAGCAUUCUGGAUGAUGAUGUGGAUCUGACACUGCAAUUCGGCCACGAGAGCAACGAGCGGUUUCCUCUAGAACCAUCGAAGACAGUGCAUCGUGAAGGUCAUGGACGUCCUCGCCAGGAUCAUGUUAAGAAACCUUUGGCGUUAGGCCACAACGCACUUCUUUCCGGGGAUUGGAGGGCACAAGUUGAAAAGGAAAAGCGUCUACAACGACAAUUCGGGCCGAGUCUGGAUGCACAUCACGGUCAUGCUGGGUAUAUAGAUCAAGCAUAUGGCGAUGCCCACAAUGAACGUUACGAAGAAGAUGUUGAAUUCGCCGACAAAGAACCUUACGUGUGGCAGGAUACACCAUCUAGGCCUCGACCUGGUAUUGAAACAAAACUAUCACCACGGCCCAAAAUAGAUGACUCAAAGCAGAAUCAUGUACGACCGUCAAUUGCGGACGAACCAGAAAGCCCGCCCCUGCCAACUCGCAAGGCAGACCUCCUUCAACAUGCACCUGUUGAACCAUUGCCUGAAGUUGUCAACCGCUUCAAAGUUCGCCAACCGCUUGGUGCUGACUCACCUAUCGACCAGCCAGCAGCCGACAACAAUAAUACCAAGACUAGUAUUCUACAGCCUCAGCCACGUACUCACACCAACCCUCCUUUCUCCUCCAAAGUCUCCUCAUAUCAUGAGUCGUCCUCGGAAGAAGACCAAGCGGCCGACGACGAACCAUCCACCAACCCUCCAAGCGUGACCUCCACCCUUCCCGCCUCCGGGACCAAAAGACCCCAUGAUGCCAUUGACAUCGACUACGAUGCAGAGACCCUCAAGACUAAAACCUUGGCCGAGCUCGAUGGUAUCCCUUUCACUCUGGAUCCCAGCCUUCCAACACCCCAGCCCGCCUUGGACAGCAAUGGCAAUGCGAUGAGUUUGAGUGCGAAGCUCACCAACCUGACCAAGAUGCGAGCCGAAGACCAGACGCAGCUCUUCCGCGUGCAAACCGAUGCAGAGCGCGAAGAGACCGCGAUGUGGUUUCUGGACAAGUUUCGCGAUGACAUGCAAAAGCUGUUGCGUGCACGGGUCGAGAGGCGUAAGGUCGCGCUCCGAUACGAGAUGCUGGUUAAGAUGCGCGAGAGGAAGGUGACAGUCAAGAAGGCGGAUGUCCAGUCGGAACUGGAUGCGUUGAAGAAAGGAGGUGGAGAGUUGAUUGCUGGUAGGGCCAGGACUUGA